AUGGUAAAAUCACAGAAAAUCCUUGUGAUAGGGGCCGGAGAGCUGGGCUCCCAGGUCUUGAGUUCCCUGGCCCAACAUCCCCACCAAGCGAGGGCCGUGGCUGUCUUACUGCGUCCCAGCAGUAUCUCAUCUAAGAAUCUCUCGAAGCAGCAAGAGAUCGAGAGUUUGCGCGGCCUCGGUAUCCACCUGAUUUCUGGCGACAUUGUUGAAGAUCCCGAGCCCACUCUAGCGUCCAUUUUUGCGGACUACGACACGAUUAUCGGCUGCACUGGUUUCGUGAGUGGGAAAGGCGUCCAGCUGAAAGUGGCUCGUGCGGCCCUGGCAGCAGAAACACCACGAUUUAUCCCUUGGCAGUUUGGAGUGGAUUAUGAUGUUAUCGGGCGCGGAUCGCCCCAGGAUCUAUUCGAUGAGCAACUCGAUGUUCGCGAUCUGCUUCGGUCGCAAACAAAAACCUGCUGGGCAAUCAUCUCCACGGGCAUGUUUACAAGCUUUUUGUUUGAGCCGUCUUUUGGCGUUGUCGAUCUGCAGAACGCGACAGUAUCUGCGCUAGGACGUUGGGAAAACCAAGUCACUGUUACUACGCCCGCAGACAUUGGAAAAUUUACAGCAGAGAUUGUACUUGGAGAGGAAUCCGAAGCUCUCUUUGCCAAUCGCGUGAUAUUUGUUGCCGGGGACACUGUCAGCUAUGAGCAACUUGCAGAGCUAGUGGAGAAGAUCGCUCAAAAGCCUGUGAGAAGGAAUAUUCUUGCUGUCCCUGACGUCCAAGCUGCUUUAACGCGGGACCCAGACAAUGGACUCCUCAAGUAUCAGGCAGUAUUUGGGCAGGGUCGGGGCGUAGCUUGGGAUCUUACAAAGACGUGGAAUAAACAGCGAGGAAUUCGGGCACUAACGAUGGAAGAAUGGGCCCGAGACAAUUUACUGUGA